AACUGAGGAGCCAACCACAACAGCAAAACCUCCGACUACAACUUCACCACCAGUCAUUACCACAGAAUCUACAACUACAACAUCUGAACCAACAAGUACAUCUGCUGAGCCAACAACAACCACAAAAGUUGUGCCACCAACAACUCCCAUGACAACUGAGGAGCCAAUCACAACAGCAAAACCUCCGACUACAACUUCACCACCAGUCAUUACCACAGAAUCUACAACUACAACAUCUGAACCAACAAGUACAUCUGCUGAGCCAACAACAACCACAAAAGCUGUGCCACCAACAACUCCCAUGACAACUGAGGAGCCAACCACAACAGCAAAACCUCCGACUACAGCUUCACCACCAGUCAUUACCACAGAAUCUACAACUACAACAUCUGAACCAACAAGUACAUCUGCUGAGCCAACAACAACCACAAAAGUUGUGCCACCAACAACUCCAAUGACAAGUGAGGAGCCAACCACAACAGCAAAACCUCCGACUACAACUUCACCACCAGUCAUUACCACAGAAUCUACAACUACAACAUCUGAACCAACAAGUACAUCUGCUGAGCCAACAACAACCACAAAAGUUGUGCCACCAACAACUCCCAUGACAACUGAGGAGCCAACCACAACAGCAAAACCUCCGACUACAACUUCACCACCAGUCAUUACCACAGAAUCUACAACUACAACAUCUGAACCAACAAGUACAUCUGCUGAGCCAACAACAACCACAAAAGUUGUGCCACCAACAACUCCCAUGACAACUGAGGAGCCAAUCACAACAGCAAAACCUCCGACUACAACUUCACCACCAGUCAUUACCACAGAAUCUACAACUACAACAUCUGAACCAACAAGUACAUCUGCUGAGCCAACAACAACCACAAAAGCUGUGCCACCAACAACUCCCAUGACAACUGAGGAGCCAACCACAACAGCAAAACCUCCGACUACAGCUUCACCACCUGUCAUUACCACAGAAUCUACAACAACACCAGCUGAACCAACAAAUACAUCUGCUGAGCCAACAACAACCACAAAAGCUGCGCCAACAACAACUCCCACGACACCUGAGGAGCCAACCACAACAGCAAAACCUCCGACUACAACUUCACCACCAGUCAUUACCACAGAAUCUACAACAACACCAGCUGAACCAACAACUACAACUACAACUGCAGAGCCAACUACAACCACAAAAGCUGCACCAACAACAACUCCCAUGACACCUGAGGAGUCAACCACACCAGCAAAACCUACUACUACAACUUCACCACCUGUCAUAACCACAGAAUCUACAACUACACCAGUUGAACCAACAACUAAAACUGCAGAGCCAACAACAACCACAAAACUGCCAACUACAACUGUAGAGCCAAUCAAAACUACAGAACCUACUACUACACCAACUGAACCAACCACAGAAUCUACAACUGCGCCGGUAACUGGUCCCCUAGUGCCAUCAACACUUCAUCCAUCAAAUCGCCCGCAAGUCAGUGAGAAUCCAACCAUGACCAAACCAUCAACUACAUCGCACACUUCAACUGUAACAACCACGCAGAGUACCACUACUGUAUGCUUCUGUAUAGUUGAUGGCAAGCAUUAUAAACCAGGAGAUGUCAUAUUCAACAUGGUACACAUUGGAUCUGGGGUGUGUCUCACAAUCAUAUGUUCUGAUAUUUGUGAGAUUCAGAACAGGACGGAUAUUUGUACAACCACAUCAAUGCCGACAACAACACGUUAUAUACCUACCUGCCCUGAAUGGGAUGUUGUGCAAAAUGAGACAUUCGUAUUGUGCAACUGCACCAUGGCCAGAUGUAUUGAGAAUAACACAAUAGAAAUUAUUCCAUAUGAAUGUCCACCCAUUGAGAUUAUCACUUGUACAAAUGGGAAAAAACCAACUCUUGUAUAUGACGAGUACCACUGCUGCCAACAUUACGCCUGUGACUGUGUUUGUGAAGGAUGGGGAGAUCCUCAUUACAUCACAUUUGAUGGAUUGUUCUACAGUUAUCAAGGAAACUGUACUUAUGUCUUGAUGGAGGAAAUUCUACCGAUACAUAAUUUAAAGAUUUAUAUUGACAAUGUCUUUUGUGAUCCAACUGAAGAUGUUUCCUGUCCAAGAUCCAUAAUUGUAUCAUAUGGAACACAAGUGAUCACACUAGUGAAUCAUAACCUUAUUGGAGCAGCACAGUUAGAGGCACUGAAAGACAGAGUACUGUUAAAACUACCGUAUUCACAACAAGGUGUUAAGAUCCUGAAUUCUGGCAUUAACUUGAUCUUGGAGAUCCCUCGUCUAAAUGUUGUCAUUACAUUUGGAAUAACUGGCUUUAGUGUCACCCUUCCAUUUCAAUACUUUGGCAAAAACACACAGGGUCAUUGUGGAACAUGCAAUAACAACCAGGCUGAUGACUGCAUGUUACCUGGAGGCCAGCUCAUUGAAAGUUGUGCAGUGAUGGCUGACUAUUGGCCUGCAACACACAUUUACCAACCAAAUUGCCAAAUCCCUCCUGUACUGCCCACCAAUAUACCUGAACCCCCCCCAACCUUAACUCCAUGCAAACCAGACUCCAUGUGUGGCCUGAUUACAAGCAGUCUCUUUGCAGAGUGCCAUCGCUUUGUUUCUCCCGACAAUUUCUACCAAGGUUGUGUUUUUGAUAGCUGCCAUGUUUCGAACCCAAUAGUGGAAUGCACAAGUUUGCAGACGUAUGCUGCUGCAUGUGCUCAAGCUGGAGUUUGCCUACACUGGAGGAACCACACUACACUGUGUGCCAGUGACUGCCCAUCAGACAAAAUUUACAAGCCAUGUGGUCCGGCAGAACAGCCAACCUGUGAAGACAAUCCUAAUGAGCCAACCAUGAACUUCACGACUGAGGGCUGCUUUUGUCCUGAUGGAAUGAAACUCUUCAACAAGGAGUCUGGCAUAUGUGUUGAUAAGUGUGGAUGUCUUGAUCCCGAGGGUAUUCCUCGUGAGUUUAAUGAGAGGUUUGAGUACAAAUGCCAAGACUGCAUAUGUGAGGAGUCUACAAAGACUGUGACAUGCAAGGCAAAGGUGUGCCCAGUACCACCUAUUACACACUGCACUGUCCCUGGGUUUGUCAUUGUCAACCAAACAAAUCCGUCGGACCACUGCUGCUCAACCUUGGUUUGUGAAUGUCGCCCCAACACUUGCCCAGGAAUCAGUAGUAACUGUCCGAUUGGAUAUAUCCCAAGUAUUAAUGUCCCUGAGGGAAAAUGCUGCCAAGAACUUACAUGUGAGCCUAAAAGAGUAUGUGUCCACAAAGACGCAGAAUACCAGCCUGGGGAUUCAGUUCCUGCUCCCCAAUGUCAGGAAUGUACCUGUACAAAUGAGGUAGACCCCAAAUCUGGUCUAUUCAAGGUGUCAUGCAAGUUUCAGCAAUGUCAAACAAACUGUGACAUGGGAUAUGAAUAUGUGGAAUCUGGUUCCUAUAAAUGCUGUGGGAAAUGUGUACAGACACAAUGUGUCCUAAAUGUUGAUGGUAAUAAGCAACUCUUGAUGCAAGGACACACCUGGUCACCACCUGAGAAUAAGUGUGAGCAUUACACUUGUGUUAAGAAUAAUGAGACUUUCACAACAAUUAGCUCACACAUCGUCUGCCCUCCAUUCCAGCAGAGCAACUGUGAACCUGACACAAUUCAGACUGCAGCAAAUGGCUGUUGUAAAACAUGUGUGGAAAGGGAAAAGGCCUGCAAGAAAGGCUCCAUGAAAACAUAUAUCAUGCAUAAGGGCUGUCAGUCUUACCAGGAAGUAGAUAUGCCUUAUUGUGAAGGAUCCUGCAACACUUACAGCAAAUACUCUGAGGUAGCUGCUACUAUGCAGCAUUCUUGCUACUGCUGUAAGGAGACACACUACAGCAAUCGUACUGUUGACUUGCACUGCCUCAAUGGAGAUGUGGUUUCCUACACAUACAUGCAUGUGGAGGAUUGUGGCUGUAGUCACACUGAGUGCACUGGAGAUGCAGGACAUCAUGCUCGCAGGAGGCGAAGCUUCAAACUGGUUUAAGAAAAAGGACAUCAACACUGAUUCAUUCAUAAGGGAUAACAAAAUGUAUACCCAUGUUGUCUUAACAGUUAUUUCUCUUACAAUGUGAUUUACUUGUAGAGAAAGUAUUUACCCAUUCUUCAAAUAAAAAAUGCAACUUCACAUCA